UUUCAGUUAGCUGCCUGUUGCCAGCAUUGGUCAAUUCAGAAGGUAAGUUAAAUAAAAUUAAUUAGGCUUAAGGAGUAUUCACUAUUGCAUAUGAACCAAGCAAAAAAGUAUAACCACUAAUAAUAGUGUGAGUGGAUCUGUUCGUCUUAGUGUUUCUUUUGCCUUGUGAUGUAGUCAAACUUACUAAUAAGCUGUUUUUGACUUGACUUGUGAAUUAGGGCCUAAUGUUUAAAUCCUUGCAAAGAUUUAACUUAUACCAGAACUUGUUGUAUUCAUACAUUGCUUUCAUAUUGAAGUAUUAAAAUAUCAAUUAGGUCUUGGUAUCAAAUGUGUUAGGUUUACUUCAACAGCGGCUUUUAUUCAUCAAACAAAAUUAUAUUUUAAAUGAUUAUAUGCAAAAUAAAGUAGGCUAGACAGUCAUUUUGAAAUACCAGUACAUGCUAGCUAUUUUGUAUUUAGCCACAGGAAGGCCAUGUUAUCAGUUUUCAAUUACACAUUAUAUUAUUAGUAUGUUCCAGUCUUUCUGCAUGGCAUAUAUUUUUUUAUUUCCUGACUAAAAGAAACACAAAUAUGGUAGGAGUAUUUCAAAUUUUAUUGAAAGAGGCAAACAAGAAAGUAACAAUAUCACUAGCACAUAAGUUAUGCCACGAGAUCCAGGUAAUUAUUUAUACGACACUUAUAUACAUGAACUAACAUUGUAGGGAUUGUUAUUUAUUUGCUACCACUAAUGAUCACUGAGCCCAUAAACGUGAUCACCUUUUAAUAUUAGUUUUCAGGUUAUGAUUUUUUAAAAUAAUUUGUAUGAUUUUUUAAAAUAAUUUGUACACAAGUCAUCAAAGUCAAUAACAUUUAUGAGUUGUAUUCAUUUUCAAAAAAUUAAUGUAUGAAAUAGCUGCAUAUACUCAUUAAAAAAUAAAAUUAACAUAUAAUAUAGCAACACAAAAUAUAUCAUUACGAGAUGUGAUCUGGUAACAAAUGACCCUCUUCAAGAGUUGCAGGAAGUAGUCAAAUUGGUGUUGACCUUUUCAUUGCAAAUUAUUGUUUUCAGCAUCUUUAAAUGCCUCAUUAAGAUAUAUCCCCGUCUGUGGUAGUAAUUAAACAGAGGCCUGAGUGUGUUCAAUGCCUUCAAAGGUAAUAACUUUGUUUAGUCCAUCUUUCGGAUCACAUUGUGACUGACUUGGAACGAUUCCUUUUGUUGAUGUGUUUGAGCUGCAGGUGCCAGAUUUAGGCAAACCAUCUGAGUCACUGUUUUCCCAUGUGCUGUCCUUCCUUGAGGUUGAGGAUGAGGCUAUGCUGUCCUCAGAUUUCACAUAGAAGUGGUCUUUAUGUGUUUUGCAAUGAGCCUUAUUUUCCUUUUUCUCUGCGGCUUCAGCUUGAUGCAUGUGUUUUUUCUUCCCUUUACAUCCACGAACCAUAACCCUGCAUGUUAGAAUCUGGUAAUAAGCACAGCGAAACUGUUCAUUCAUAAAUCCAUAAAGUAGAGGAUUGAUUGCACUCCCAAGGAAAACAGACGUCUGGCAGAACAUAUGAAAUGUCUUGCUUAAUAUUCGACUCCAGUCAAUGACACUUGAAAUUGUACAUGGAAAGUAACUUAAAACAAAGACAACAAAGAUAGCAAUCAUCAUUCUUGUUAGCCUCAUUUCUCUGCGAUGGUUAUUUUGUCUCAUCAUGUAAUUCGAUGUCGUUGAAAUGUGCAAGCGCUGGUGUGAUGCACGAGUUGUUAUAUAGAUAGCACUGUAGUAGAAAAUGAUGAGUCCACAUGGUAUAGCGGCACGAACGAUAAGAAGAAAAAUUUUGAAGGUCUGACUUGAGUUGUCCAAGCCCAAAUUACAGCUGGAAAGCAUUGGAAUGUAACCAAAAUGACCCCAUGCCUGUAAAGAAAGAACAUACAAAAUUGUUUUCAUGAUGUAGCAUAGAAUUUUUCUUCCCUCAAUAUUUCUCUUUACUUGUAACUUAAUAUAAAUAUUUAUUAUUAGGUUUUCGUAGAGGUAGAGCAACCAACUGUUCUAUUUUUUAGAAUUUUGCUUAACCUUUAAUGGCCGCAGGUCAUACGAAAAUUUGCAGUCCAAUCAAUAAUCAGCCAUUGAUUCUAUCUUUAACCGUUAAUUUUAUUUUUGGCGGUGAGGUGCUAUGGUAUAUCUUUAAACAGUCUCAGUCUGUACAUUUUGACUUACCCCAAAGACAGCAGGUUGUAGGAAAAGUACCGGGACAACCCAUGUUGCUGCGACCAUGAUUACAAUGUUCCAUUUUCUGAACAACUGCUUAUACCUGCUGACAUCAACAACCAGCUUAUAGCGAUUCCAAGCUAUUAAAGUGAUGGUCAUAAUUGUUGUUCCUGGAAAAUAGUAAAAAGAUAGUCAAGUGAAUGAGAUCCUUUGUUAGCAUCCUCUGUGAUGUGAGAUUGUCUCUUAGCAAUCACCAAUUUCUAUUAAAAAGUGUGUUUGAAUUAUUUAAUGAAAGAACAAUUAGUGGAUGAUUUGUUUAUUAAAGAGGAAGAAUUGUCUCGGCUUGUAUCGGUACCUGUGAGAGUGUAGCCCAGAAAGCCAAUGAACUUGCAAAUGUAAUCAUUGAGCUGCCAUCCUUCCAUGAGGUAUGUGUACAUGUUGACUGGCAGAACCACCGUCACAAACAGGAGGUCACAUACACUUAGGUUAGCCACAAAUAGGUUGGAGACUGUUUGAAGUUUCUUGGUUUGUAGCACAGCUAAUGUCACAAGGAUGUUACCUGGGGAUAAGGAAGAUUGGUUUCAUUGUUUUAAUUUUUUAAACAUCUUUUUUCGAAGUUUUUAAAAACUUUGGGAUUGUGAAAAGAAGCUUAAAUAUUGAAUACAGAUAUUUAUCUUCCCGAAGCUGGACAAGUGUUUUCAUAGAAUAUACAAAUUGUUAAUGAUUAUCAGUAACAUCCAUUCAUAAAUUAGUAAUCAGUGUAAAAAUUGUCCAUCUAUAAUAAUAAUAGUCACUGUACACUAAAAAUUGCCAUUGCUUAAUUUUUAACUGAAAUCGGGAGUGAAUUUUCAAAGACCAUGUUCAGUGACCAAAUAAGAUGUAGACCCUUAACCUAUGAAAGAUCUGGCAAGCCAACAAGCCCAGUAGUUUUAUAAUUGUUGGAAUAUAACUGCUAUAAUGUUAGUAGGUAUUUUCAACUCAACAUUCCUAAAAAGUUUGCAAAUUUUUUCUAUAACAUGGUGAACUACAGACACUUAAGUUUGUGUUUUUGUUCUCUUUUCAUUUUUUUUCUCCCUUUUCAUUUUUUUUCCCUUAAAAGCUUCAACAUCCUUUGUUCAAAGAUUUCCUUGGCACAUCCUGAGCACACAAAAAUGUCUGUUCACCCCUGAUCCCAAUGACACAAUUGCCCACUGCCGAAUAAGGGGAUGCAACGUUCACAUUUUUUUUAUAAAGAAUUUUUUUGAAUUACCUCCCAUUCUUGUAUUUGUUGUAUGGCCCAUAAUUAAAAAAAAAAAAAAUAUAAUUAGCAAUUACUUUUUCACAUCUUUUUGUACUUCACAAAAAGCAGGAUUAAUUUUUUUUUUAUAAAACUAUCAUUUCAAUUUCUUAUCCCUGUGCGUUAUUUAUCUUGCUAGCUUAGAUUGAUAUAUUUUACUAACCGGUAUGAACAUUCGUCUUAUCAAAUGUAUGUGGCUAACGCUAAUCAUUACGGGAUUGUUGCUAAACAAAGAUAAAGAGUUUUUUUUUUUUAAAUUGAGCUAAAGGGACACGUGUGAGUAGACGUGCGCAAUUGCAGGUAAUUGCAAUGAAUGGCUCCCUUGUUAUGUGAGUUUGAGGUUUAUUUUAGGGGUAGAUAUGAGAUGGGGGAGGAGACAAGGUGACCUGGGGCGUGGCGAGCUGUCCUAGGCAAGGAACUCCAAAAGUUAUGCAGCUAUUAAGAGCUUGAGCUCAGAUAAUGCGUAAAUUUAUUUUGAUUUUAAUACUGCCAAGGGUUAAUUCGGCUCAUACCCUCUAAAGAUAUCAGCAGGAUGGGGAAGUCCGAAAUAAAGAUAACAUGCGGGGAUAUUAUAUGUGUAAGUGAAGUCGUCGUGUUGGAUAAUGUGACUACGGGCCAAAUCAUUAAUUGAUACCGUAGAAAACUCAUUAGCGUGAUGGUAUUCAAAGGUAUUCAAUGUUUAACUUUGCAGUCAAAUUUGACCCGCACACCCUUUCACCUAGCCAAAAGUACUUCCAAUUCUUUAAGUUUAAGCUUUUACUUAUACUGCAACUCAUUCCGGUAUUUGAAACCCGAACACACCGACUUUUUCUCUUCCUUAGAUGGAUUUUGUUAUCGAUCCCAAAUGAUGUAAUUUUUUUACACUGAAAUCUGUGAAGGUUUUAAAACUGAUUUAAUGAGACUGAUGGGAUCUAGUGACUAGCAAAGCAUGUGUCCCUCCCACAAUUUCAGACCACAGUCCGGGUUUGAAGUGAUAGGAUAAGCUACUCACCGAUGCUACCCAGAGCGAUGAUAAUUGCCAUGAACGAAAUGACAGCGACAAGAGCUGUUUUCUCCCCUUCUUGAAACACCAUAACCUCCAUUGAAUCGGUGGUCUUGAUGAAUAUGCUCAUAUCUGGCAGCAAGUCCUUCUCACUCAUUCUAAUGUCAGCUUUAACUAAUCACAUCCAUUAGAAAACAAUUGAUGCUACCGGUACUUUUAAUCCCAGUCACUCAUAAACAGUAGAAAAAUAGAGAAGAUCCUUCUCAUAUCUUGUAUGCACUUAAGUACAUGAAGCCGAUGGCGCUGUUUGAAAUGGCGUGUAUCACAUUAGCUGGCUUUCAGAGUUGUGUGUCGAAAGUCCUUUUUUUCCGACUGGUAAUCCAAUAGGGACUUGGUUUGUUAUUCCAACUCCGUUGUAACGUCACCUUUAAUUUACGCUGCUCUUCGUUUUCUUUCGUUCACCUCGUUUCCCAAUAACUACUGUGCUGUGAUUGAUGGCCUGUUUAAAUGUUUUAUAUUACCAAGAUAAUGCGUUGUUCACUUGAUUAAUAUUUCUCAACUCAUUAGUUGCCAAUAAAAUCUCGGCGAGCCCAGGUUGUCGAAUGCACACAUUUGAUCUGAUAUCUCAUCAGCCAAGUACCUUUACUCCCCUCACCCUCGCCAGUCCCCGCAGAAAGGCACAUUUCUGUGAAAGGGAAGCAACUGUAGACAGACUGGUUCUCCUCACUGGUACCACACGCCAUCGCUACUCCAUUCGCUGGUUCUUCCACUUGGGAAGCAAUAUGCUAAUUAGUUUAUCAGGAUACACUUGGGAAAAUGUAAUUUCCCAUAAUAUACUUUGAAUUGUAAACCACAAGGGGUAUUUUCUAACCUUACUUCUUUCUGCUGUAGGCUUAAUCGGUCAACUGAUGAACGGUCAAAUUGAGCUUUCAGUUUUAGUUCAGUCAAUUUUGCUACCUCUAAACAUUAUUAGAGUCAUUGGGUGCAGUCAGUUAUCAAACUUGUAUCCGGCAUUACUCGCUUUGGCGUAGAUAUUUUACACCCCAAAAAGAAACGGUGUAGUAGAGUUUCACUUCAGGCAACUUGGGUUAUUUUUGUGCCUCGUGUCUCGGCUAACUCUAUAAUGACAGGCUUGAAUGAACCCUUGGCAGAAUGUUUUUUUUCCCAAAUGAUGUAAACCCUUUGACCUUAUAUAUGUGAAGGUUCAAAAACUGAUUUAAUGAGACUGAUGGGACAAAGCCUUUGCCUUGAAACAUUUCCGCCUUAUCAGGUAGCGGCUAGUUAAAACUAAUAUAAAUUGUAAGAACAGAUAUGCAAAAAUCACAUUUUAUGACAUUGUAAAAAGUUGAGUUUAAAGAUUUAUUUUUCUUCAUGUAGGGCAUUCCGUAUUUCAUUUUGGUCACUUUGAAAUAUAUCAAUUAUAAAUACAGGUACGAGUUUAUACUCACAAAGGACAGAAACUAGUAGCACUGGUUCCGAAUAGUCAAUACUUGAAGCUAAACUUUGUAUCAUUGUUAACAUAUUUAUUAUGGACUUGAAAAGUAAGUUUGGUGGGAGUGGGGUAUCAUGGAAUCAGUUUAACCUUAAUUUUAACCAUCUCCGUAGUUUGAUUGUAUCUAUUGAUCCCAGAUGAUGUACUUUUUUACACUAAAAUCUGUGAAGGUUUAAAUCUGAUUUAAUGAGACUGAUGGGAUCUAGUAACUAGCAUUAUCCCGCCUCCAUUUUUAGCACGUCCAUUAAAAGUUAUAAUUGAAUACCAUAUCGGAGCCUGUACUCCGGAUUUAAAGCUGCAGUAUACAAUUUAUAAUUACGAGUAUUUUUUUGGCAAUUAGUGACAAACUAUAACAAUGUAGUGUAAAAAGAAAAAAACACUACUGUGAAACAUUGCUCCCAGCUUGGAGAAUAAAUGUCCUUCCAUUAUCUUCGGGGAACUCCCCCCCCCCUUUUUUUCCCCCCUUUCCACUUUUUGUGUUGGGGGGUUAAAAGUUUUACACUCAACGUUGGGAAAGACUGGUCGAAGGUCUAGAUAUUUUUGAUAGACUGAUUACAUGAGACUGCCAUUACUGACUGACUAUACCGUGCAGAAAAAAAAAGUAGUACACAGUGUUUACGCUUAUUCAGUACCGGUAUAGACAUAUGAAAGAAACGCUCAGAACAUGCCUCCAUUUCGUGCCGCUUUAAAAAAAUGCACCGGUUAAUUCUUGAACAGUUGAUGCAUUAUCCAGUGUUAUCAUCUGGUGGAGGCGACCUGCUUGUAUUUCCUCGCUCACUGAGAUCUUGAGAUCCAUGUCGGCCAACCAUAAUAAAGUCCAAGCUACCGCUACCUUGUGCGUACGUGCAGACAGCCGGUCAGCGAGGUUUCUGCACCUUCGGUCAGCUUCCUGGUCUGUUUGGCCAGACACUGACCGGUGCUUAAUCUCUUCCAGACAUGGGGGCGAUGGGAAGGUCAAGUUGUCCCUGAUGAGUAGAACUCAGGCGAUAGCUUAAUGACUCAUGUCCUACGUUGCAAGACUGACUUGUAGACUGAGCCUAAUGACCUAUGUGCUAGUCACUGCUGCCGUACCAUGCAAGGUUGUGUGGAUUGUACACUUUGAGUAUAAUGAAUAAAGUGUUACUGGCACCAAUGAUCCCUCUAAGGUUUGCUGGUUCGUAUGCAAAAUCAUACAGUUGUGUGCAAAAUCAUACAGUUGUGUGCAAAGUUUUACAGCAUCACUUUUUUGUGUGCACAAUUUUACAGCUCACAAACACAAAGACACACUUACAUGGAAAUUUGCUGCGCGGAUACUCAAAACUGCUGCGCGGCGUAUGUGAGAAAGCUGCGCAGCCGCGCAGCUUAAAGGGAACAUUGACUGGCACCAUUCAAGAUUGUGCAACUUGUAUACCGGUAAAAAGUUGGGUAGUAUUAAAUUCACGCUUUAGAAGGAAAACUUACGAACUUACCACAUUUAGGCCAUCUAGUGCUUUCCUUUCCCGUUAAUUUGUGUGUGUGUUUGCCUCUAUAUAAUGUAUUCUUUGGCCUUUCUUUUUUUGUUUUUUUAAAGACUUUGUUUCUUCUACUCACAAAUCUGGCAAGUUUGUACCGGUAGCAUCAAACUUUGUUACAUGUGACAUUUCGCCACGGUUGAUGGCGUCUGUCUCGUUUUGACCUGUAAGGUCGCUGGCAUCUGAGUUACAGCUCGGGAAUGCUGGGUCGAGUGUUUGUGAAGGUCUGUGUUUUCUGUGUGAUGCUCAAACAGGUGAUAAUCGCAGUUUUCUCCCAGUUUUGGCUUCAUAUAUCAUUGAUAAUUUGUCAUUGGGUUGAAAAUCCUAACUUUAGUUUUCAAAAUCAGUUUCUAUGAUCUUUUUAAAAAAAUAUAUAUAUAUAUUUGGUGGUAAAGAUUAUAGUAUUGCAGUUAAUUGUGAUCAUUUAUAAUCUUGCCAUUGUAACUCUAAAGUAAUUCUUGUUUAGUUUUGUCAUCUAUCAGGUUUUCCCCUACUUGUAUGUUACAUUUCACAUGAUACAGGUAACAAGAAGAAAUUGAGAUUGUUUACUACCGAAAUGAAACACAAUGUGAUUGAAGAGGUAAUACACCUGCCCUAUUGAUUAUGGCAAAAAAAGAAUAUUUCUGAGUUCUGAAUGAAGGUGAAUAAUGUUUUUUUUGUGUGUGUCCAUUUCAGGCUGAUUGAAUAAGAAAAUGGCCAAGUCCAAGAAUCACACCAAUCAUAAUCAGAGUAAGUACUGAUUUAUAGUAGCUAGAAUUAGAAUAGUAAUAAAAUUGUACUAAGUAUUAUUACUGUUGUAACAGCAUUCUAUCAUUAUGGUGAUUUCAACAGCAGACCUUUGCCAUUGUGGGUACUUGAAAGGCCUCAAGGCAGGUUCAGAUCAGCACUAUAAAGUAUUGUGCUGCCUUUGGUUUUCGUGUCUUGAAAGCUAUUUAAUUUCAUGGUAUAGGUACAUAUAGAUAUAGGUACCAUAGGUACACACAGAGGUAACAUACCCAUAAAUAUGCUUUUUAACCACAUAUACAAUCUUGUUCACAACUGGUGCAGAAAGCUUGUUUCUGCUUAUAUACUGUUACCAGUGACAGGCAUCAAUAAAGUGUUUGCAUAAAUCUUCUAAUGGGCAUGGAUUAUUUAAGUCACAAGAGUUCUAAGAGGUGCCUUAUUGUGGUACCGUACCAGUAAAAUUGUUGUUUGUUAAACAUUACAUAAUCUAGCAGAUAAUGAUUACCUGGUGUCAUACUUUUUCUUCCUUUUAAUUUAAAAUGACCCCAGGAAAUGGAAAGGAAGUAUCUCUCUCUCUUCCCCCUCCCCCACCCAAUAUUGGUACAGGAAAUGUAAUUAUUGAGCUGUUGUUGAGACAAGUAAAUGACCUGGUCAUCUUUAGGAUUCCAUUUGGGAUCGUGUCCUCCCUUCGAGACCAACCGCCAGUGUUUGAAGGAAUAGAAACGUGUUACAUGGUCAGGACGGACUAUUGAAUUAUGUUGGAAACUGGGUGCGAACAAGGGAUUUGGGGAAAUGUGAUUAUAUGGAGAGAUGUCGAUGUUAACAGGGGCGCCAUUUAGGCGGGUGGGAAGGUACCUGACGUCAUUCUUUGCUAUGUUGGUGGCGCACACGUUACAUGAUGGCUACUGGCAUCGAUCAGCUUGUGUGUGUGUGUGGGAACAGGGCCGUGCCUAGCAAAAACGCCGUUAGGGUCGAAACCUGAAGAUGGUGCCUAUCAAUAUAGAACGGACAAUUUCUUUUCUUUUUUUUUUUCUUUUUUUGCCAUUGUCUCUGUGAAGUACCGGUACAUAAAUAAAUAAACUAUAUUAGAAUAACUAUUUGGACGCGCCCCCCCCCUCCCCCCACACACACACACACUUGUCGCGUGACCCUGGUUAGUAGCAUCCCUGAAUUCGACUACCAGGCUAACAAUCGUAUCUUACCAAUGACGACUCCUUUAACAGCUAUAAUAGUGUUUCUUAAUCUUAAUUAUUUUUUGUUCCAUAAUUUCAUAGAAAAUAAAUGUUCCAGUUUGAUAAUAGGCAAGACAGACAAACGGAUAGUCUGGUCUCAUGCGUUUAUUAUUUUAAAAUGUAGUAUCGGGAUUGUUAUUCCAGAUAGAGCCCACGCCCCUUACUACUAAAUUGAGAACCACCGAUUUAAACUACGUUACCCGGUACAUUUAACUAAAAAUUGUCCAAUUAUUAAUCAGUCAUUAGAGAAGUACGGUAGUCUAUUACAUUAUCUGUAGGCUCAUCCUCGAACCUCGAUUAAUCAAGAUAAUUCGUAUGGUUCAGAUGUUGCCAGGGAGAACUUCCGACGAAUCAGCAAUUUGUCUGCUGCCUCAGACUAUUGUUCGCUAUUUGAGAAAAGACGACCUUGUCAUUCAGUGGCGUGAGAACAUGACUGACUACACCACUACAAACUUUCACUAACAGUGGUUCUAACUUGUUUAACCAGAUGUAUCGACAUCUUCUUUGAGGCGAUAUUGUAUUACCUCAUCACGGGAUGUUUUUUAAAAUAUUUUUUGGGAGGGGGAUCAAUCAAUAGAUUUUUUUGAUUUUUUGCAAUGUUAAUAUUCUGUUAAUCAACAUGAGAUGGAGAGUGGCUCACCCAGUGAUUGUAGAUACCUCAGUUUGAGAUCCGCUUUUCAGCGAUAUCAUCUUUCUGCUCUAUGUCAUUUCCAUCGGCCACGUGGCCGUGCUACCUCUCACCUCUCAUGGGGUGAUGAAUGGAGCAAUCUCAAGGAGGGGUUAACUUACUUGGUUGGCUAUAGUUACUAACACUGGCCAGGUGCCAACCUAAGCAAUAAUUUGGUUGAACCGUUAAUUGCGCUCUCACUGUCUUCAUACGAGAAAAACAAGUGGCGAGAAUUUCUUUUAAUAAAACAUACGAAAUGGCGUUUGAAAACCACUGAGUGGUCAGCCUUAUCUUAUACAGACAUUGCUGCUUGCUAGUCUAACAUACCGGGUACCUGACUUUAUAGUGACAUAUGUUAUACUUUGCUCUAUAGAUACCAGGGUUUUGGAUCGGAGCUCUGGAGCAGGAUCUUUUUUUCCCGGAGCUUGAUGUGGUAAAACUUCUUACUGCUAUGAACACAAGUUUGAAUUAAUUUGUAAAAAAAAAUCUAAAUUUCUAGCACCAAUUUUUCUACAGCUCUGCUGCUCUACUCAUCUAUCGAUACUUUUACAGCGGCCCCCCCCCCCCCCCCACACACACACACACUUGGCCAGGUAUACUUCUGGUACGCUCAUUUGCUUAGCUAAUAAGAUGGGUAAGUCACAAAAAUAGAUGAGCUUGAAGUGGAGCUAACAAAAAUUUGUAUGGAGCUCCGCUCGGCCAAACAAAGUCUGCUCCAAGCCAAGUCCCUGAUAGUGGCAGUAUGAUAAAAAGUGGCACAAGUUAGGCUUGUCUGUAUAGUGUCGGGGAGAUUUUUUUUUUUAUUUCCUGCAUAAUUAGUUUAAAUAAGGCUUCAGUUGAUUAGUAUACCGAUAGUACGGCACGGCUGGUGUGACUGUAGCGCACGCCGAUCCUGAAGUCCUUGCGGGGGCUCUCACCGGAAACGUGAGUACAUUAUAAAUGUGACCAAGCUUUUUGUGUCUGGGACUAAUGAGGUGGGGUGGAUGGCGCGUGCUGGUGCUGUAGGAAAACUCACGUUUUAAAGUAUAGCGGACACGAGACACGCGGAAAGAUCUGUUGUGACCAACUUGUUUGGCCUUGAAAAUAAACCUAAAUAUCGUCAAGCAUGGAAUUUAACACACACAAAAAAAAAAAACAUCCUCUAAUUGCAGUCACGUUUAAGUACAUUUCUUAUCGUACUGAUUUAAUUCCUAGAAAGGGGGUACUAUUUAGACGCUUAUUCUGCUUUAGUCAAAGGCUAAGUUAAUGCACACACUAAGUUAAUGCACACACACACAAUCACACACAAACUGUUCAGGCUGAUAUGAUAUAGCAAUUUUCAGAUGGUGGAUGAAAUCAAGCACUGAUUUAGAUUGAAUAGCACUAGAGUACCAAAACUAUGUUGCUACUAAAAGGAAUAAAGUGCUUAUAAUUGAUCAUGCAGAGUUCGACGAGAGGCCUGAGCACCUAACUUGAGGACUUUUAAAGCUUUUUUUUUUUAUUUUUUAUUUUUUUUAUUUUUUAUAUUAUAAAAAGAUUAGUAUGUUAAAAAAUAAUAAUGUUAUUCAUUGAUGCUUAUUCCCAUUUUGUUUCUUUUAAUUUUACUUUGCAUUUAAUUGAACAUAGAAUAGUCUCGUGUUAAAAAUGUGACGCCCAUAGGUUCAAAUAUUAAUGUGAAAGACACCCCGGGGGCAGGUUGCAAAGGGGGGGGGGUGCCUAUAAAUUAUUAAGUCUCCACGAACUCAGUUGGUCCAGUUGGAAAAGAUGAAAGCUUUGUCCUUGAAAACGUGUGUAUUUAUAACAUGUCACGUGUAUGUACCUAGGACCUAUCGCACGUGCUCUAUUGGUCUGUUCUGACAACGUAUCUUAGUGUUUCCCCCCCUUGCCAUCUGAGAGAUCACGGUCAGGCUAUUCUUAUUCCAACUAGAGCUGGAAAUGAAAACUUAAGAGGGUUUGGGUCACUAGCACAGUUGGGGCUUCCAUUUCUAGCUUUUCUGCUAAUGGCUGCUUUUAACUUGCUUCAUACGUACCGUUGUCGUCGCCACCAUUAGCAAUGUGGUUGUUUUUGUUUUUUUUAAAAACUCUGCAUAGUUAUCACUGACUUCAGGUAAUGCCUUUGCAAUGUUUGUUAGUUGUUAUGGUAUUUUAAAUAGGCCCUAAUAUUCUAGUUACAUAUUGGUAUCAGACGUCGACAUAGUUGGACCCCCAUUUUGGUCUUCACAAUAUUUGGUUGGUUCGCCCCUCAGUAAUAAUACUUAAAUAAUAUCAAGUAGACCAACACGUGUUUAGGACAGCGGUACGCAAAAAAGUCAACUUUUUUAGCCCCUUUCCUGUUGUACGCGUACUUUUUGAGGACCCCCUCCACCAAUGUGAUCGUACAAGAAGCUUUCGGACGACCCCCCCCCCUCCUCAAAUACCAACGAAAUCAAAUAAUGUAUAUUUAAUUGUAACUUCUCAGAAAUAAUAACAAUGUGUGACAGGCUUGCAGCGCCGACUGUUUGACCAACCCAGUGGUUCCCAUAAUAUUAAUUAAUAUAUGCCGCGUUGCCAGUAUUGGAUCAUUUAAUACUUGAUGUUAGCUACUUUAAUUUUAACGAGUUUAAUGAAUGAAAUAAAUACGUUUUUAAGGGCUCCUAUUUCUAAGACUCAAAAACACACAUUAGAAAGUAAAACAGUAUUUAAUCAUGUUAAAUCGUGCUAUUAGUUCUUUGCUUAACCUUGGUUAUCUAUAUAUGCAUGAGAUAAAUGAAAUAUUUGUUUUCACUAGAGUUUACUGGUUGUGAUAAAGGCCUGAAUUUUUGCUUUUAGUUUGAUCCUGGUGUCUUUGUUUAAGAAAUGUUCCAGAAGAAACUGUACAGUGUAUUUUAGUUUAAAUUCUUGAUUUUUUUAGUAAGUAGGUCAUCUGAGAAUGUUCACCUUUGGAGCGUAAGGUACCAUGUGAUAUAGUUACCAUGCUAAUAAAUUGCACAUGUUGUUAAACUUACUUCCUCACUUAGCUAGACUUGAUGAGUUUACCCUACUUUUAGUAUCUGUAAUGAGGUCGUUCAUCUUCGACUCGGCAACAAGGCUUUGAAGUUUGUAGGCUAGGAAACCAGGAGUUAAUUUUCCCUGUAGUUCUAGAACCCUAAAAUCUUUCUUUUUUUUUUUUUUUUUUGGUUGCUCUUUUUUUAUUUUUUUUUUUUGGAGUACGGUAAUUAAUUUAAAAACGUUCUUUAGCAUACCUCAUCAUAAGGAGGUUGGGUUCCUUUUAUUUUCUCUGUUGUUCUAGAUCCCUAAAAUCUUUCUUUUUUUUUUUUUUUUUGUUUGUUCUUAUUUUAUUUGUUUUAUGUGGAGUACGGUAAUUAAUUUAAAAACGUGCUUUAGCAUACCUCAGCAUAAGGAGGUUGGGUUCCCAUUUGUGUAAAGUAUUGUGUAACUGUAACCGCCUGUAGUAUUAUUAUGCUUACCGGUAUUGCUGGCAUCUGGAUUUGUGAUGUGAUAUUAUUGUUUGGGUACCAUUAAAUAGUGUACACUAAUAUUACUAUAAUAAAGAACAGAUUUCUCCUUUUUACUCUACACCUAUGUACACGACAUAAAAUGUGUGAUAUCUUCAUAGCCAUUCAACAAGUCAUCCACCCAAGGCCAGUGCAUGCCAACAAGUGCACAUGUGGUUUUGUGUAGGCUGACCUCUUACUGACCUCACAUGACAUGUUAUUUUCUUUAUUUCUCCAUUUAGACAAGAAACACCACAGAAAUGGUAUCCACAGGCCCAAGUCCAACAGAUAUCCCUCCAUGAAAGGAGUAAGUAUAAGUUUUAAGGUUUAUCUAGUGAUAACUGAAUGUUUAACCAAUGAGACUUUGUCAGCUCUUGAACUAUUAGAAGUGCAGUCUGCAUUAGAUUUUAAAGGUAAUUUCUAGUACUUAUUAAGUUUAAGUGAUCAGGAAGUGGGCUCAAUAAGGCUAUAAAACUGAUAUUAGUUAUCUACAAUAAUUCAACAGAAUAGUUUAUACACAUAAAUUAAUGACCAUUAUAUGCAAUAAUUUAACAAAUUCUUCCCCUUUGAUUGACAGGUUGAUCCCAAGUUUUUGAAGAACCUCAAAUUUUCCAGAAAACACAAUAAAAAGAACACAGUUGCUGUGAAGUCUGAUAAUUGAAGCUACAGUGAAUUGGUGUGAGCAUGCCAGGAUCAGGAUAUCUGUGAGAGUGGAAUUCUAAUAAAGUUCAUUGGCACUAUACA